AUGCAGCUGGAGAGGAAGAGGGAACGUCUGAAGAGCAACUCUCCCUUUGGCUCGGCUCGUCUGCGCAGCAGUACUGUGCUCUACCACAUCUCCGGACACCUGCACAGUCGCGACAAGGGCAAGAUUAAACUCAACAAGAAUGUGUUUGGAGACCCCCCUGCCCUGCCGGAGUACAAGAUCUCAGCGGCCAAGAAGUCUCGCUUCAUCCUGCUGCACUACAGCACUCUGAAGGCGGGCUGGGACUGGCUCAUCCUGCUGGCCACCUUCUACGUAGCAGUCACCGUGCCCUACAACGUGUGCUUCAUAGGAGACGACGAUGAGCUGACGCGCAGCACCACAGUCAGCGACAUCUUUGUGGAGAUCCUAUUCAUCAUCGACAUUGUGUUCAACUUCCGCACGAGCUAUGUGAGUAAGUCCGGCCAGGUUAUCUUUGACGCAAGGCAGAUCUGCUUCCACUACCUGACAACCUGGUUCAUCAUUGACCUGGUGGCUGCCCUGCCCUUUGACCUGCUCUACGCCUUCAAAGUCAGCGUGGUGAGUGACAUCAUCAGUUCAUACGUCCCAUAA